CGCAAAUGGGGGUUGGGAGUGGGUGAACACUGUCAUCCACAGGGUUCCUGGCGGCAGUAUAUAUAGGAGGAAACCCCAGUGACAAGCACCCUCACUCCAGACGCUGAAUGGACACAGAGGAAAUAUAGGUCUUAUUCAACUUUGGAGCUUCAUUGGAGAGGAAGUCCACGUUUGCUGACAUCGCUUUCAAGCAGCCUUAAACACAGCCAGCCUUGCUGCUCUGUUUGUGCAGGAUGUCUCAAAGGAAGAUGCUGCAUUUCUCAACGGGAGCUCUGCUUCUUCUCCUACCCUGGUUUGGAAGCCUGGUUCUUGGAGAGGUCAACAAAGACUUUUCCAACUGCCUUGAUUUCUUCUAUGAUAAAACUCCACCGCAGGGCAUCAGUGCACCAGGAUACCAGCCAAUAUGCCAGCGCCACAAAAACCAGUACCACUUUGCAAGCCUGUAUGACCGUCAGCGUCGCGUACCACUGUACUCGGCGUAUAUACUCAGCCCAGCAGAAGGAAAACGGCCCAAUAGCACUUGGAUGUAUGAACCACAGUUGGCGUUUUCCCGUGCCGGCUCAGAGAUGACACCUUUCCAUUCCCCCGUGGACCAGAAUGUGAUGGAGAGCCAGGCGGUGUUUCAGGACUAUAAGGGCUCCAACUUCACCAAAGGCCACCUCAAUCCCAGCAUGCACCAGAAGACAAAAGAGGACCGUGAGGCCACCUUCACCCUGACAAACAUAGUCCCUCAGCAGAAAGGCUCCAACUCUGGUCCCUGGAACCAGCUGGAGAAUGAGGUAUUGAGCAGAUACAAGGCUUUCUGCAAAGGGCCGAUGCAUGUGAUCACCGGGGCCAUGCCUUACGAGUCUGUAGAGCGCUGGAUUAAAAACAGGGUGUCUGUUCCUGAGUACAUGUGGUCUGCCUACUGCUGCCCAUCCUACAGCUCUGACCUUCCUGAGUCUGUGCAGCCAUUUUUCCCUACGUAUGCUGCAGUGGGAAGAAAUGACCGCAACAGCGAAGAGGAGAUUGUGCCAGUUAAUGUCAAAGCGAGGGCCUCAGUGCGAGGCUAUGAUGUGAGGCGGAUGACUUUAGAGACUCUGGAGGGCAUCCUGAGACAAAGGCUGUCCAUGCCCAUCAGUCUGUUUCAUGGGCAGUGUCAGUAACAAAGGGGAAAAAGAUGCAGUUACUUGUGAAAAUCAAACGCAGUAAUCGCCACAUACAGCACGUCUCCCCAGUGUUUGAUUCAGAAUCCGGAUGUGAAGAGGAUUUAAUUUCUGUCUUUAAUUACUGAAUGAAAUGAGAGUUUGAUUAAACAGAUGAUGUUUCCAAUAAUCAGGAUUAUGUAAAAUAAAUACAGUAUCAUCCUGUAACAUGCUCAAUCACUAACGCCAUGAUUUUACUAAUAAAGCAAAUUUGGGAAAAAAAAAACAAAAA